GUUGUGAAAAUAAAGUGAAAUUUACGAAUAGCUAACUAAUAUAACAAAUAAUUAAAUGCGAAUGUUCUACAUUUUCCUGGCUGGAUAAAUGGGCCAACAUGUGGAUGAAAACAGCAAAACGGAACAAUUUCGUGUAAUAAAUCUGUAGAUUGCAUGAAAUUAAUAGCGAAACACAGCCACGCACGUACACACACACAGAGACACCCGUAUAUAUAUAUAUAAAUAGUGCAUGCAACGCAUUUUUUUGGGUCAUAUGCGCGCUGUGGUGCGGUGGUGGGUGGCGGAUGGUGGAUAACGGGCCAUACAAAUAAUAAUAAUGCCGAUGAUGAUGAUGAUGAUGAUGACGAUGUUGUUGUUGCCGCCAAUGGCGCUGUUGAUGAUGACCACAACACGAACAUUUUCGGUAUGAGAGCAAAUUAUAUAAAAUUAUCAUGCAGCGCAGGCAGCGGCCAAGUUGGCCACUCAAAUUCAACACAAACGAGGCUAAACUUCAACUGCAAACGUGGCGCUGCGUGCGGACUGCAUGACGUAUACGUAAUAUACGUAUAGCGUAUACGUAAUAGGCGCUAGACGCUGUGGCCAAUUGCCAAAGAAAGGCGAAAAAAACUAAAAAAAAUCAAAAAAGUCAACAGACAAAAUCGAACAAGCAAACCACUUAACCAACAACUCAACUGAGCCGAGCGACAACUGUGACAGGAGCAAACAACAAAUAACACACAUCGGGAAGGAGCCUUUGCAAAUGACAAAAGUUUCGAAAGCGUUGAAAAUGUGUUGAGGCAGCUGCCACAAGAUGACAAAAUGGCGAAGUUAACACUGCACCGUCUACUGCAGCGUUUGCAGCUGACGGCGCUGCAGUUGGCUAACGACACGCCCACUUCAACGCGACAACCGCAACUCAAUAAUAACAAUAACAACACUAACAACAACAACAACAGCAACAACAAUAGAAACCGCAUGGCUCUUUUAAGCUGGCUGCAUUUGUGCCAUGGCAAUGGACACUACUACUUAACGCUGGCCAUGCUCAUCUAUGGCUAUCUGAUGCUGCAUGCCUCGGCAUCCUCAACAACAACAACAACAACUGCAAAUAUGUUGCUCGAGUCGAAUCUAACAGCAACAACAACAACAACAAUAAGUUUAGCUAUAAGCGAAAAGAAACCAAAACGCGACGUUGCCCAUGUGCCUGACGAUGACUACGAUGCCAGUUAUCCCGAUGAUUUAGAUGAUAUCGAUGCCUUGAUUAAUAAUAAGUCAGCCAAAGGUAAAUACAUUGGAGCGCCAUGCAACGAGCUGAAAUGUGAUGCAAAACUGUUGCAUGUUACCUGCGAUAAGGAGACGCAGCUGUGCAGCUGUGAACGCAACUAUCCCGUGCAGCUGGGACUGAUAAAGGGUUGCGCCAAACCUAAGAAACUGGGCGAUCAGUGUUUCUACGACGAGACCUGCAUCUACAACGAUGAGAACUCCCUCUGUGUUCAGGUGCGGCACAAUGCGAUGUGUCAGUGCGCCAGUGGCUAUCAUUCGGUCAGCUAUACGAAGCCAACGAGGCGGGUCUUUUGCACACCUGAUCUUAGCGAGCUGAGUUCGGAUUUGCCCACGCUGCUGGGUGUUUCCUCGGGCAUUGCAGUGCUGGCGGGUCUCAUUUGCAUGGUGUUGCAUCUGUUUAGCAAGACCAAGUAUCCGAGGCAUCGCAAUUUCGGUGAUGCCAAUAUUCCGCCGCCCAUACUCUACUCCAGCGAUACAGGCAUACCGCUGACCGUGCACUCGGCACGUCCAUCGUCGCGUUCCAGCAUCCGGUCGACGGGCUCGAUAGGGUCAUUUGGUAAUCGUCGCGCCUCGUCCGGCGGACUGACUGGCGCUGCAGGCGGCGGCGGCGGCGUCGGCCACAGCAGCGGUGGCGGCGGUGGUGGCGGCGGCGGACCCGGCGGCAGCGGUUCGAAGGGCAUACUUGUGUCGACGUCUCGUACAGGUUCUCGAAGACCAAGUCUAGCAUCGGUGCAUAGCACAAGCUCCUCGGUGCGCAGCUACAGCAUGAUGCGCUUUGAGAAGGAGGUGCAACAGAAGGAGAUCAGGCAGGAGAUGAAACUGCGCCUUGCCCGACUCCAGCAGCAGCAGCAUCUCACCCAAAACAAGCCGCAGAUUAUCAUUGGAGAGGCGCUGCUACAGCAUGGAGCGCUCAGUCGUGUUACAAUGGCCACGCCCAGUCCGCUGACGCCCAAUUCCCUGGACGAGCUGCUGCCAUCGCUAGAUGAGAACCAGGAGUAUCCACCCCGGCUGGAGAGCACAUACAAGCAGCUGGUGCAGCCAGCAGCAACUACAACAAGCCCUGGCCGUGGUCCUGGCGCAGGUAUCAGCUCUGGUUCCGUGUCCGGCUCCAGUUCCGGCCGCAUAAACGGCUACAACGGCCCCUGCAGCUCAUCGACUGAAGCGCUCUAAACACAGAUCUCGUAUCGAUCGUAGCUCUUAAGCAAGCCUCCCCCCUUAAAGUAAUCGAAGUUAAGUUCAAUGCUUAAAUGUUAGUUCACUGAAUUAAACGUCAAACGUGUUUAGUUAUAGCCAAUUAGAUUAUGUGUAACAUAGUAAGCGUCUCCUUUCAUGGGCAAGAGCUGACCUAGAGAGCAUUCAAUACGCGCUAUCCUCCGAUUGGAUGCGUCCCUAUAUCGUAUAUACCGUGUUCUAUAUGCGUAUUGUCGUCGUAUUUUGUAGACAAAUACAAACGUUAAAAGCAACGUUUUUCUAUCACUUUCUUGGUUCUAUUACAAAUAUUAUUUUUA